AUGGCCUACUGUUUUUGUGGGUUUGCAAGAGUGAUGGAAAACAGAACAGAUACAAACCAAAUUCUUAAGAUUGAAGGACUGAGGGUCACGUAUCAAUCUGCUUAUCCAGUGUUUAUUCUUCUUUUGUUAGUGUACCUUUUCAUAAUGGUAUCCAACAUUGGGCUUAUUGCCCUGAUAUCGGUGGAGAAAGCUUUGCACAAACCCAUGUACCUCUUUUUCUGUAACCUUCCUCUGAAUGAUGUACUUGGUACUACUGUAGUGGUGCCUGCUUUGCUCAAAGACAUUUUUAGAGAAGAAUCAGACAGGUAUAUCAGCUAUGUCGCUUGUGUGAUUCAAGCUUAUGGUAUUCACAUGUUUAGUACAAGUGCACACACCAUAUUAAUGAUAAUGGCUUUUGACAGGUAUGUGGCCAUAUGCAACCCCUUAAGAUACAACAGUAUAAUGACCAACAAAAUGGUUGUUAAACUGACUGCAUUAGCAUGGGUAAUAGCCAUCGUACCAGUUGGAAUUGUUUUGGGCCUCAGUAUCAGACUAUCACACUGUAGUUCAACUAUUUCAAAUCCGUUCUGUGACAACGCUUCUCUUUUUAAACUGUCUUGCGAGAACCUGUUAGUUAAUCAGGUUGUCGGCUUGUUUACCUCUGUUGCGCUCUGGGGCACAUCAAUGUCAUGCAUUGCUCUCACUUACCUAAAAAUUGCUGUUGUGUGUGUAAAGAGUGGAAACAGUGCUCUGCAGAGUAAGGCUAUGAAAACGUGCAGCACGCAUCUGAUCGUGUACCUCAUUAUCCUUGGAUGUGGAAUGACUGCAAUCAUUCUGCAUCGUUUCCCUGCUUAUGCAGAACUUGGAAAAGUGGCCAGUGUUUUGUUUUAUGUUAUUCCUUGUGCUCUUAACCCCAUCAUAUACGGACUUCAAACCAAAGAAAUAAGGCAGUGGCUUCAGCAGAUUCCUUGGAAAAGGAAAGUGAUUCCAGAAUGA